GUCCAACGACUUUUUUUUAAAUUGCUCAUGGCGGUUCUCGUGGGUUGCCGCGGCCGUGGAUUCACUUUUAAAUCACGUUGCGUGGAGUUUUAACCACGUGUAACUGCGAUUGUAAAGGCGUUGCAAAUAAAUAUUUACGUGCGCGGGUUUUGUUUUAUUUUGGCAAGGAGUGGUUUUGGUCGGCGAUGAAGGGGAAGAGACGGCGGCGCGGCCCCGGCACCUUGAAGCAGUUUCAAGAAGCGAUCGAGCGGUUCGUGGGAGAGGCGGAGGCGGCGGCCGAACCGGAGCAAGCAGGGGCUCGGCUCCAAGGUUCCGGCCUCGGGCCGAGCAGGCCGAAGAGUCGGAAGGAGAUGAGGAAGGAGCAGAGGGUGCUGAAGAAGCGCAGGAUGAGAGACUAUUAUCAUAGGAAGUACCUGAACCCGAGCCCCGAGGAAGCUCCGGAGAGCGGCGUGAAAACACCGGCUCCGAAAGAGAAAUCGGGCGAGGGAGAUGGUGAAGGACUCGGGUCUCGCCAGGAAAAGAAGAAGAAGAAGAAGGCGACAUCAGUCUCGGCCAAGUCCACCGGCCAUGGUAAAGGAAGAUCCCCAGCCAAAGUCAAGAGCAAGCAAGCCCGGAGACUGGGCUUGCUGGAGGCCAACCAGGAGGAGGAGAGGGAGAUCAAGAGGUUGGAAAAAGCCUUGGGACUGAACAAGAGGAAAAAUAAAACUACCAUCCCACAGGCCUUCGCCCGGGAUGGUUUGGAUUAUAUCUUAGGGAUUGUAGAGCCGGGAGCCGCUGCUUCCAUGUCAGGCUUGUAUGAAGAGAGUGACGAUGAGAUGGGCGCACUGCAAGAGGAGCUGAUGAAUGAGGAGGCCGACAGUGACCUGGGUCAGUCCGAUGAUGAACAGAUGUCAGAAGCGGGUUCGUGCCCGUCCGACACUGAUUGUAUGAAGGAAGAUGAUGAUCUGAUGGCAGUGACAGCAUCUCCCAACCAGGAUUUUGAUCAAUCCAGUGAUGACGCUGACGAAGGUACCCAGCCAAGUCAACCAACACUUGAAGACGAACGGGACCAAAGAUCAAACGAUGGCACUGUUUUGGGAAAAUAUAUUCCUCCACAAUUACGUGAAUUGUCUGAAACUGUGACAGCAAAAAAGAAAGAAGAACUUGCAAGACUGAGGAAGACUGUAAAAGGACUUCUGAAUAGAUUGAGUGAACCUAAUAUGGCCUCCAUUAGUGGCCAGCUUGAAGAAUUAUACAUGGCAAAUAGUCGUAAAGACAUGAAUGAGACCCUAACUGAUAUUCUCCUAACUGCAUGUGUCACACCAGCCUUGAUGCCUAACAGGCUGAUGAUGGAACAUGUUCUGCUGGUUAGCAUUCUUCAUCACAAUGUUGGAAUUGAGGUUGGAGCACAUGUUUUGGAGGCAGUGGUGAAGAGAUUUGAAGAACAUUCCAGAAAUGUUGUUGAAGGAAAGGAAUGUGAUAAUCUAAUCAAUUUGAUUGCGCACUUUUACAACUUCCAUGUGAUACACUCUGUGUUGGUGUUUGAUAUUCUAAGAAAACUUACAAAAAGCUUCAAACAGAAAGACAUUGAGCUCACCCUUUUUUUAUUGAAACAUGUGGGAUUUACUCUUCGGAAAGAUGAUGCUGUGACAUUGAGAGAAUUCAUCAUGGAGGCUCAAAAAAAAGUUAACAGUGAUGGUAAACAGUUUCAUGACCAGACCAGGAUUCGUUUUAUGCUGGAAAUCAUGUUGGCAUUGAAAAAUAAUGAUAUGAGAAAAAUUCCAGGCUAUGAUCCUGAACCAGUGGAAAGAUUUCGAAAACUGCAGAGGAGUCUGAUUCGUAACAGUCGUGGUGACUUCCAACUCCGUGUAACAUUAGAAAACCUACUUUCAGCAGACCAAGUUGGACGGUGGUGGAUUGUGGGAUCUUCAUGGAGUGGUGCCCCUAUGAUUGACCCCGUGGGUACUAAAACACAGCCAGACGUAGUUGUUGGUGAGCUAAGUGGAAAAAUUAUGGAGCUGGCACGCAAACAGAGGAUGAAUACAGAUAUACGGAAAAACAUCUUCUGUGUCAUGAUGACCAGUGAGGAUUACUUGGAUGCUUUUGAAAAACUUCUAAGGCUUGGGCUGAAAGAUCAACAGGAAAGGGAGAUUAUUCACGUCCUUGUUCACUGUUGCCUGCAAGAAAAGACUUUUAAUCCUUUUUAUGCUUUUUUGGUGGAAAAAUUCUGUGAAUAUGAGAGGAGAUUUCAGAUGACAUUCCAAUUCAGCAUGUGGGAUCACUUCCGAGAAUUGAAGAGCAUGAGUAAUGUGGCAACCACAAAUUUGGUUCAUCUUCUUAUUCACCUUCUCAGUAGGAAAGUGCUAUCCCUCGCCAUCUUUAAGGUGAUUGAGUUCAGUGAACUGGAUAAACCUCGAGUCAAGUUCCUGCGACAAGUUCUCCAUAAACUACUUAUGGAUACAGAACCAGAAGAAUUAGUAACAAUAUUUCAAAGGAUCGCUGGAAUUCCAAAUCUGGCAAUGUUACGGGAAGGUCUGAAACUCUUCAUUUCCCAUUUCUUAUUGAAGAAUGCCUCCAGCCUGGGCAGUUCAGAACAAGCUAGUUUGCUUAAAGAACGUGUGGACAUUGCUGAAAAGGCUUUACAAAGCAAAGAUGGCAGACUAAAAUUUUAAUAAUAAAAAAACCAUGAAAAAUUUUA